UCAAGCAUCACCGGGUGCGGAACGCAGAACUCCAGGCGCAACGUAACUUGUGUCUCCCAGACUAGAUAUUAACAGGGGAGCAGACACGAAGAUCGGGUGCGUGUGAAGCCGGUUGAGGUGUGACUUGUGCGUGUGGCCGGUUCGUGAUUUCAGGGGUGGUUCGUCGCUGGGUCAGGACGGCGCACGAGGGUGGUAUCCGUGACAGGGUGCAGGGGUGCUGGGAGGUCUUGCGUCACCCAGAGGGUCUCGGCUAUCUCUCUAAUCGGUUGGCGCCCAGUAUACCUGAGCCAGGUUUGUGAUCAUGGCGGGCGUCACAAAGAGCGUCGUCGUGGUGAGAGGCGGAGGUCAGUCGCGAGACGCGUUUCGGGCCUAGGGCACACCAUCUUCAACUACAACCGAGUGGCCUGACCUAAAAUGGCGCUGCCAUCGUCAACCAACCCAUUGACCGCCUGCUGAGACUUGGAGAAGUGUUUUGGGCACACCAUCUUCAACAGCAGCUGAGAGACUCGACCCAAAAUGGCGCUGCCCUCAACCAACCCACUUACCGCCUGCUGGGACUAUGUGGGAGUUCUCACGGUCCCAGUAGUCAACCUGGAGGUCAAAGAGGUCAAGGACAUAGUAUGGGAGAAGCUGCAGGAGCCCAAAUCGCAACGGAAACUGGUUUUGGUGAUUGUCUCCAUAGCACUACUACUCGACAACAUGUUGUACAUGGUUAUUGUGCCCAUCAUACCAGAUUACCUGCGCUAUAUUGGUGCCUGGGGUGAAGAGGAAGCCCGUUUAGCUCACAACCUCAGCUUACAAGGAAAACCACGACAUCAUUCACACCAUGGACAGGAUUCUGCCACCGGUAUACUGUUUGCUUCCAAAGCUAUCGUGCAACUCAUGGUGAACCCGUUCUCGGGCGCACUGAUUGACAGGAUAGGCUACGACAUUCCUAUGAUGAUCGGGCUCACCAUCAUGUUUCUUUCCACCGCUGUUUUCGCAUGUGGUAGAAGUUAUGGUGUGCUAUUCUUCGCAAGAAGUCUACAAGGUGUCGGUUCAGCUUUUGCAGACACCUCAGGUUUGGCCAUGAUAGCUGACCGUUUCACCGAGGAGAAUGAACGAUCCAAAGCUCUAGGUAUCGCACUAGCCUUCAUCAGUUUCGGAUGUUUAGUAGCCCCACCAUUUGGGGGUGCUCUUUAUCAGUUUGCUGGUAAAGAAAUGCCUUUCCUAAUACUUGCUUUCGUAUCACUAGCUGAUGGUUUCAUGCUGCUCAUCGUAAUGAAACCUUUCAAACAACAAAUGAAAGAGGCGAGAGAGUAUGAUGCAUCAAAGAAAGCUGGAGUACCCAUCUGGCAACUCUUCAUGGAUCCUUACAUCGCGGUGUGCUCUGGAGCAUUGAUGAUGUCCAAUGUUGCACUAGCCUUCCUGGAACCUACAAUAUCCUUAUGGAUGGAGGACAACCUUACCACAGACAACUGGAAGAUUGGGAUGAUUUGGUUACCCGCGUUCUUCCCCCACGUUUUCGGGGUGGUACUGACUGUGAAAAUGGCUAGAAAAUACCCUCAAUACCAAUGGGUAAUGGCUGCUGGCGGCCUAGCUCUCGAGGGUCUAUGCUGUUUUAUAAUACCCUUCUCUUCAUCCUACAAAGUCCUCAUGAUACCCAUUUGUGGUAUAUGCUUUGGGAUAGCUUUAAUCGACACAGCAUUACUACCCACUUUGGGUUAUCUAGUAGACGUCAGACAUGUAUCCGUAUAUGGAAGUAUCUAUGCCAUAGCUGACAUCUCAUACUCUUUGGCGUAUGCUGUAGGGCCUAUAAUCGCGGGAGGGGUUGUGGAAGCUAUAGGAUUCACAGCAUUAAACUUCGGGAUAGCAUUUUCGAAUCUACUCUAUGCACCGGUUCUGUACUACCUGAGGAACAUCUACGAUUUCAAACCGUUCGAAAACGAGGCAAACAUCCUAAUGUCUGAUCCUCCCGACAAACAAUACCAGACAUACACCAUGCAAGAUCAACAACCGGUGCAGGGAGACUUCAAGAAUCAUUUAGAAUACACAAAACACCAAGAACAGGAUAAUGGGUACUCCAUGCAUGAUGGAGGGGGGAUGGAGGAGACCAGUUUGGAUAGACAGAUGGGAGGGGGUGAUGAUUCAUAUCAGUACAACAACUAUAAACAACCUGAUCAACAACAGUACAGAUACCAGCAACAACAGGGGGGCUACCAACAGCAGGAUUAUCAACAACAGGGGUACCAACAGCAGAAUAUUUCAAGGCAGCCUGAUUACCAGGCUCCAGCUCGACCCCCUCCACCUGGUUCACAGGGGGGAGAAGCCACCAAUCCCUUCAGGAGAGCUGAGCCUACCGAGAGACCAGCUGAUAAGAACCCUUUCAGACAGAAUAUUAGACAAAUAAUUAAAUGAAUAAAUAAUGUAUGAUGUUAGGUUACUGAGAAAAUAAUAUCUUUGAUGUCAAAUUAUUUCUGUUAUGUUCUAAGAUACCAAUCUGA